AUGGCUGUGGUGUCGGGUUCGGAAUGUCGGCACUGGGAGCUGCUGCCUGCCCCAUGGUUCAUUUCCUUUGGGAUCCUCAUUUAUGGUCAGGUUCGUCCCAGUCUCAUUUCUGUUCCCAUUUCUGUUCUGUUCCCAUCCUGUCGCAUUCCAUCCCUCCCCGAUCCCCGUUUCCCAGUGACCCGGCACAUAAACGACCUCCUGGAAAGGACCAAUAAGAAGAAGCCCAAAUUGAGAAAGAAACCCAAGCCCCAGCUCGAGGAGCUCGAGGGGGUGGCAAUAAGCACUUAUGCCAAGUACUGCUACAACAAGCUGCAGAAGGCAGCUCUGACGGGCGCCAAGAAGGGCCUGAAGAAGCCCAACAUCGAGGAGAUUCGCCACGCCAAGAACGCCGUCUUCAACCCCUCCAUGUUCGGCAGCUCCCUGCAGGACAUCAUCGCCAUGCAGAAGGAGAAGUACCCGGAGCGGCAGCUGCCCUGGGUGCAGACGCGCCUCUCCGAGGAGGUCCUGGCCCUCAAUGGUGACCAGACCGAGGGCAUCUUCAGAGUCCCCGGUGACAUCGAUGAGGUCAACGCGCUCAAGCUCCAGGUGGACCAAUGGAAGAUCCCAACGGGCUUGGAGGACCCCCACGUUCCCGCCUCCCUGCUGAAGCUCUGGUACCGGGAGCUGGAGGAGCCCCUCAUCCCCCAUGAGUUCUAUGAGCAGUGCAUCACCCACUACGAGAACCCCGAGGCGGCCAUCGCCGUGGUCCACUCCCUGCCCAGGAUCAACAAGAUGGUGCUGUGCUACCUCAUCCGCUUCCUACAGGUGUUCGUGCAGCCGGGCAACGUGGCGGUCACCAAGAUGGACGUCAAUAACCUGGCCAUGGUGAUGGCCCCCAACUGCCUGCGCUGCCAAUCGGACGACCCCCGGAUCAUCUUCGAGAACACGCGCAAGGAGAUGUCCUUCAUCCGGGUGCUCAUCCAGCACCUCGACACCAGCUUCAUGGAGGGCGUCCUAUAGCACCCGCCACCGCAGGUGGACCCCCCACAUGGA